CAGCAGCCCUACACUGCCUGCCUGUAAAGAUGAGGAUGGCGUGUUUGAGUUCCCAGCUGUUCCUUCAGCAGGUCCAACUCUGGACACUCAGUCCAUCACCUUAAUGACAGGAUCAGCCCAGAGGAUCUCAGUGCGUCUGCAGAGGGCCACCACCAGCCAGGCUACGCAGACCGAGCCCCUCUGGCCUGAACUGAGCUGGGGGGUCACAGAUAGCGGCUCCCACACCUUCCCCAAAAUGAAAUACAGGACUCACAGGAAAAUGUCUAAAAAUAAAGGUUUUGCCUGUUGGGAAAACCAGAAUGGUGGGCGGCAGCAGGUUUCCUCCAGGUGCAGCGUGGACUAUCAGCAGAACAAGCGCGACUUCAGUGAAGAGCCUGCACACAACGGGGUGACAAAUGACAGCUGACUUGGCCACAGCGAUAAGGACUGGAGCCACAGGGCCAGGACUAGGACCAGGGGGCCCUUCACCAAGGGGACUAGGAGGCUCUUCUCACUGAGGAAGACUCUGGGAUGCUUGAGGUUCCCCUUCAGGAGCCAAAUUAUUUCAACCUCCAGAGCAUGA